UGUUCGAGGUGUUUCCUGGGGUCCAUUGACAUCCGUUCCUUUCCGUUCGAACGUCGAGAUUGAACAAGUUGACAGAAAAGGCAAUUUGACUAGGCUCUCGCACCUGAUUGGCUACAGGUGUGCGGGUGCUUGUUGACGGCGCCUUCACCAAUUGCUCUUCUGUAUCCUCAGUUACAUUGACCUCUACUCAGAUCACUACUUGCUCUCCUGCGAUUCUUCCCAGCGGACAUCUGUAAAAUGCCUAAGGCCAAACGUACUACACGCCAUCAAGGGCACGAACAAUCUGUUCGGCCAACAAAGCGUCAGUUUGCGGUGCAGGACAAUGCCACAGAGCAUGUCGAUAUAGGUUCUCAUGCUGAUGCAUCCGGAACGGAGAUCCUUCAGUCAUUGGCAGAGCAAGAAGAGCCAUCUAUCACUCUGAAGAAGAAGGAGAAGCAGGCUCUGAAGCACGAACUCUUCGUCAGACGUUUGGAGGCCGCCCGUUCGCCGUAUUCCAAGUCCCAUGAACGGCGUCUGAAGCGAAAGGCAAAAGAACAAGUGGCUGGCGGUCUUGGGGAGAUGCAGGCUGCGAUAUCGGCCUUAGAUGAUGAAUUGCCGCCGGCCGUUGUCCAGUCUAUCAUGGAGGACGGCGAAGAGCGGACAUCUCAAACGAAGAAACCGCGGUCGACACCAGGUCUCAUUGGGGAGGGCAAGGGGGCCCCGUUAAGCAAGGCUCAGAGAAAGCGCGCACUUCAACUGGAGAAGAAGCGAAUACCCAUGAUUCUCUCCAAUCCAGAAUUUGCUUCCAACCCAUUCCAGACAAUACGCACUCAUGCGCAAAACACCCUGUUGAAGCAUGAACCAUAUCAGAAGACAUCAGAGGAGGAAUGA